AUGGUCUCUGCCGCGCUCAUCUCCGACUGCCGAGACAUCAGCCGGAGUCUGUGGCGAUCUCUCCUUGACCGGGCGGAUCCCAUGCUCCUCGACGACGAACCCACCUCGGCUGAGCUCGCCGAUCCUUCGUUACGGGAAGAGCUCGAGCGAUACCUCACCCACCGAUCAGGCGAUCGAUCACAGCGAUCGAUGGUUCGCCGAGGAACUGGCGACUGCUUUGCCUCGCAGGAGAUUGAACGAGAGUUUUGUCGGAACUUUACCUGCUGCGGAUUCCAUCUCGAGACGCUGCAUGACCUGCAGCUGCAUUAUGAAGACUACCAUACCGAAGCCGAUAUGGAAACCCUCAAUGCCGCCGUCAGCGACGACGAGAUCGAGUCUCGCCAUGCCGCAGAAAUGCGCCACCACCAAAACAGCCUCCUCCACCACCGGCGCCGCCCUCACCAUCAUCAUCGGUCGCUGUGGGAUCAGCAGGAUUUGAGUCUGAUUGCCUUCCGGAGCCAUCGUCUGAGCGAAGAGAUCGAGACCCCACCCGUGUCUCUCCCGCUGGCCAUGAUCUACAGCCACGAAAUCAUCCACAUCCAGGAGGAGAGCGACAGCGAAGAUCUCGCGGACUCGUCUCUGGCGGCCUCUGAAGCCCCGUCCGAUGCCGACACCCUCUGCAGCUCCAAGCGCAAGCAUACCGACGAUGUGGCAGGGCCGGUGAAGCGGUCCAAGGCUCUGGAGCACCUUGCCUCCAACGAGUUCCCCACGCCACCAACGUCCCCGAGAAAGUUCGAGCUCGAGUCGCGCCGCAGUUCGAUGAGCGAGCCGACUGCUGAGCUGAUGGCAAUGGGCAAUGGUGAUCGGCAAGCCAGGCCAUCAGCGACCCAAAACUCGAAGCUUUAUUCCUCGAUCCCGUCACCACCGGCCAGCGUCCUGACCGACGAUGAGGAGGACGCUGCCAGCCAGCCACCCUCCGUGAUGACCAAGGCCGCAUCUUCGGCUGCCAGCCAGUCCACAAGCGGAAUCGCAGAUUCCGAAACCGCGGUGUCGAGCACGCCGGCCGCAGCGGCUUCGACAGCUUCGCUGGAUCAGGCUGCGGAUGCCAAGGGCACAGCCUCGCAGCCGCCCGGCGCACUCGCAGCCAAGCCAAAGGUCAAGAAGCCGCGACCCUCGGCGCUCUCGACCAUCAACCCCGAAACAGGUGUACGCGAGUACAUCUGCCCCAACUGCAAGAAGCAGUACAAGAACGGCAAUGGACUCAAGUACCACCUGACGCACGCCCACCCCAACGGCGAGGGCAUUCCCCACGACCUUUUCUAUCGCAAGAAGCGGGAUCUGGACGGCUUCCGGCCGUAUGUCUGUCCCGUCGCCGACUGCGGAAAGCGAUACAAGAACCUCAACGGACUCAAGUACCACAUCGAACAUUCGCAUGCCUCGAUGUUCCCGUCGCCCAACUCCAGCACGGCUGCCGAAGCCUCCAAGCAAAGUGCCAGCACUGCCACCGCUACCACCACUGCCACCACGGACGCUGCUUCGAGUGCCGAUACGGACGAGACUAUCUCUGAAAUGGGCGAGUCCUCGUCCUCGCUGUCGGUCUCGGUCAUGUCGUCUCCAGUGUCCUCUCCUGUCCUGACGGGCGGAGACGCCGGUCCGGUCGGUGAGCCGAUGGAGCCUCUUCCUCUGAUAUCGAGCCUUACGCUGACUCCGGCCUCGGCACCGGCCUCGCCAAAACUCAUUCCGGAGAAGGGUGGCGUCAAGACAUCAGUCGCCUCCAAGUUGUCGCUGCAGUCGUCGCUGGCGGCAUCAGCCCUGUCGGCCGCCAAAAUGUCAGCCAAGCUCGCGGCCGUUUCGACACCGCGGUGUCGCUCUCUCAAGAAAGAAUCGGCGGCACAAGACGGAUGCCGAAUGGCGCUGGCGCCGCCAUCGCCAUCGCUCUCGCCUUGA